CCGAUCAUACUACGCAGAAGCAGCCCUCAGAUCGUCAAGUAUGAAGCUCUCCGUGACUCUUGCAACUCUGCUGGCUGCCCUAGCUACUGUCAACGUCCAAGGCUACACGAACCCCAUCACUAUCGUGGGCUACCGCAUGUUCGACAACAAGACGGGAGACUCGUUCGCUGUGAAAGGCAUCGAUUACUAUCCGCGUCCCAAUGCUGGCAAACUCAACGAAAACAAUCACGAUUUCUUCACAGACGCACACUAUGAUGUCUGGAAAGAUGACAUCGACUACCUUGCUUCUACUGGAGCCAACGCUGUGCGGUUGUACGCCGUCGAUCCGUCCAAGACCCACGACAAGUUCAUGUGUGCGCUGCGGGCAAAGGGCAUGUACGCUCUGGUCGACCUUGCUGCCAGCUGCACAAACUGCUCGGUUACUAUUAAACAGUAUCCAGACUGCUACCCCACUGAUCUCCGAGAACGCGGACGAGAAAUUAUCCUCGCUUUUGCCAAGUAUGACAACGUGCUGGCUUUCAGUGCAGGAAAUGAGGUUAACAACGAAGUACCGGAGGACGCUGCCAUCAACGCGCCAUGCCAGAAGAAGUUCGUGCGGGACAUGCGCAACUUCAUUGGAGAAUGCUCAAGUAUCCGCAAGAUUCCCGUUGGCCUCGUAGUAGCCGAUCCGGAUACAGCGAAAAAUAAUCGCGAGCUCAACGCAAAGUACUACAAUUGCCGCACUGGUACGGACAAGUACGAGAACGCCGAGUGGUAUGGUAUCAACGCGUACCAGUACUGCGACAACGAGCAGAAGACUCUUGCGGCGGCGACCGGGUUUAACAAACUCCAGACGGAUUUCGCGUCGUACGGAAUGACCAUCCCCGUAAUGUUGACAGAAUACGGGUGCCUAAACGUGAACUUCCCGAAAGUUGGAGAGUAUGAGGCUCAGCGCACGUGGCUUCAGGCUGGUUGGCUGUUCUCUUCUGACUUCCGCAAGGUUUUCUCCGGAGGUUUUGCCUUCGAGUACUCAACUGAGAUCGUGAACGUGAAGGCUCAGUUUCCAUUUACAAAAUUCGAUGCCGGGAAUUACGGACUUGGGUACUUUAAGCCUGUGAACUGCAACCACGACGAUGUCAAGUGCGAAUACGUCCCAAUGCCCAACUACUACAACCUCAGUACGCAAUACAAAGCUGUUAGUGUCGCCAGCGAGACCAAAAUGAGCGCGUACAAGUCGGAUCGGACUGUACUACCCACGUGCCCGACUGGUUUCCCGAAGCUUAGCGCCAUCACGUGGCCGUCUGACACUGCUGCUAGCAACUUCAACUGCCCCACAGCAGUACAAGCUCACACCUGCCAAGGUCAACAGUCGAGUGGAAACUGGGCUACCGGCUCCGGAUCAGGGACGCAAAGCACGACGCCCAGUGGAAGCAGCAGCAAAAGCGACAGCGGCAGCGGAUCAUCUGAGGCAAACACCACCACGGCCAACGAAUCGAUGCGUCAAAACUCGCUCAUGGCGAUUGUAUCGGUCACUUUGUUCUGGGCGAUCUCGCAUGCUCUUUUUUAAAGAACGAUCCAGGGGAUAGAUACUUCACUCUUAUGAACUAAAAGUACUAUUCUGAAUUUAUAACUACACAUUUU